UUUACUGCACGGAUGAAAAAGAAACAGCAAGUGACAAUAGCAAAUAUUGGAAAUGUAGAUCUAGCUUUAUCAACAACGACAAAUUACAGAUAUACACUGAAAAAGCAUGGAAGAGAACACACGCACCAAGCUGCUUUGUGGAUUACUAGAUGCAAGCAAACUUGUACCUAAGUUGGAGAGCAUGCUCCGCAGACUUCGAGCCAUCUCCAUUUUGUUGAUGAUGCGCCGUGACAACACAAGAUCAAAGAUUAUACAUACCAUCCACAGUUUCCAAGAACAGUUGGUGGCAUUUGAGAAGAGGGCUCUGGAGCAAAUGGAAGAAGUGUUUAACUCCAAGUCGGAAUACCUGGACAUGUAUAGGGACUCUGUGACUUGUGACAUUGAUUCCCUACGAAGUUUGAGCACUGAAGUUGAAAGCUUUCUGAGAUACACUCCGGGUCCUUCAGUUAACAAUAAUGAAGUGCAUGCCAAGCGCUUAAUAGAAGUAUUUAGUUUGGUACUCAACAACAAUAUUGUCGACUUAGAUGUAGAUGAUGACAUCGACUGCCUGGAUUUUGUCCAGAACAUGGAAGAAGAAGAGCUCCUGAAUCUUGGCAAGGUUAUCUCGUCAUACCAGGAAAAAUGUCCCUUGGUGGCUGACUUUAGCAAUCAAAAUGUUGAUGAAACCACAGUUAAGGAAACUGACAGUAUAAACAGAUUUAAUACAGCAAACAAAUCAGAAAAUCUGUCGAAGAACUCAAAGGCUGCAUGUAUAACUGGUCGAAUAGCAACCAAGGCUGAACAUUAUCUACCAGAGAGAAAACUUAAACUUGCAGGUAAAAAGUUGAAGAAUCUUGGUAAUACAUGUACCGAAAAAUCUCCUGAGAGAUCUAGCAAUUCGGUCAUUUCAGAUGAACAGGAAAAAAUAAUGGAUGUUAAUCAAACUAUGACAUAUUCCUCUGUUGUCAAGUGUGAAAAUGUUCAAGCCAUAUUGCACAGUAAAAGUCCAAGUAAAAACACUAAAAUUGAGGAAAACGUUAAAAAACCUGAUGUGUUAUCUUCUCCACCACCCAAAGAGAUUGAACAAGAAGUGCAAUAUGUCAGCUCAGAAGAUCGUCAGCGCUGGAAAAAAUCUUUGGAUGACAUGCUGACUAACGUACCAAAACCAACGUUCAAAGUAGCAGCAGAGCUGUUAAUGAACAUAACCAAAGAUGGUAGCAAGGAAUCUUCUGAUCAGUUGACACAGGAAGAAGAAGAAGGAGAAGAAGAAGAGGAAGAAGGGAAGAAUGGCGAGGAGGAGGUAGUAGAAGAGGAGGCUAGGACUCCAGAAAUAGACAGCUUCUCUGAACAGAAAACAGCAAAUGAAAGUCUGUCCAUGGAAGCCCAAGGAAAGCUUGACUACUCUGAUGUGCAGGUCAUCAAUCCAGAAAAAGAUAUCUUGCUUGCACAGGAUGAUCAGGUUGUGAUGGAAGACCUGCUUUGGGAGGAGGGUAUAACUGAACCUGUGUCUGAUCAGGUGGUACCUGACUUCCAACAUAAGGAUUGUGCCCAUGAUGGCAGCCCUAGGCCUAAUGAUACGGCAAGUAGCAGCAACAUGGAUGCAUUACCAACAACUGUUUCUACUACAACACUGACGAUGUGUACUCAGCCUGAAACUGUCCAGGAAAGUGAAAUCGUCCCAAGGACAGUGUCACCAAGUCAUAUUCCAACCAUCAGAAUGUUCAUUCAGAAGAAUGAAAUAAAUCGAGAUGGAGCUACAGUUCCAGCAAAGCUUGAAGUGAAGCUUGGUCAUCCGGGCAGAGGAUCGGGAGGUUGUCUCCAUUUUCCAAUUGGAGUGACCACAGAUUUUGAAGGCAAUAUCCUAGUGACAGACACUGGAAACCAUUUGGUCAAAGUCUUUGAUAAGGAGGGCAUCUUCAAAUACACCAUAGGUGAUACGAUAGUACCACCUUUUACACGUCCCUCCGCCAUUGUGGUCAAUGCGGAGGGUAAGAUAUUUGUGAAGGAUGAUGUCUGUAUCCAUAAGUUUACUUCCACUGGCAGGUACCUGUGUAGACUUGGAGCAAAGAAGUUCAACAUGCCCUAUGGUACAUAUAAAUUAGGAUUGGCUUUGACAUCUAAAGGGGAUCUUAUUACAUUGGACAUCUGUCCAGGAAACUCCCGUAUUUUCAUCAUCUCUCCUGAUGGUUUCUAUGGGAUGUGUUACCCAUUUCAACCUCUCAUUAACUGUGGUUAUGAGAGCAAAUGUAGAUUUUUGACUGUUCACAACGACACACUGUACGUGUCAGAUCUUGGUUGUAACUGUGUGUAUAUCACUGAUCUGUAUGGUACUCUCCUCCGCACCAUCGGUCACUCAGGCCACAGACUCGGCCUCUUCUCACAAGCUGCUGGUAUUGCUGUGGACAGAGAUGGAUAUAUCAUUGUGGCAGAUAGUAGGAAUGAACGAGUCCAGAUCUUUCAGCCAAAUGGAAGAUUCCUGGGUGUUUUAGCACUGAGUGACCCCCAUAUUCGUCCUUCAGACAUCCACCUCACUCCCGAUGGGCGACUCAUUAUUGUCAACUUCACAAACCAUGAAGUCAAAGUGUUCAGGCUCUGUGUGAAGUAACAGAAGGAAUAACUCAGAGGCAAAAUGACCAGAUAAAAAAAACAAGACUGCAUACUUCAAAUCUCGUGGAAAGAACAAAGCAAAUGUGUGAAAACUGAUUAAGUGUAAAAACUUUGUGAAGCAAACAUAUAAGUUUGAGUAAUAACAGGUGUGAUGUAGGAAAUAGCCAAAAAAACUGAAAACAGUUUGGUUGUUGGUAAAAAUGAAGUAGACAUAUAGUGUGAAGUAAGCUUAAAUGGAAAAAUGAAAAAUAUUGUGAAACAGAUAUUUAGUUUGAAAGCUGGUCCAUCAUAAAAUAACUACGUGUAUAUUGUAAAUGACCAGUCAACAUUUAUUGUAUGUUUGUGUUUUACAAAAGAUAGAAUGUAACAUAAAUGUUACAGCACUAGGGAAGAAAAAUAAAUGUUCAAGUGUUUAGGUUUCACACUGGAGUAGUCCUAGGAUAAAAUAAAGAAGUUCAGAGGGAAAAGUAUGACAUUUUAAUAAUAAAAUAUUACAACCCUUUAAGGGACCAGGAUCAAGUACACACGUAGAAGUCCUAAUGUGAAGACAAGUGUGGCAGUGUAGAAGUCCUAAUGUGAAGUGUGACAGCCCUAUA